AGUUUUAGGAUCUUAGCUUGCAAGUGGACCAAACAGCUCACAGAGAAUACUUUCCAAAACUGGUAAAACGAUAGUGAAAUGUUGGAAGCUGAGAAAUAUGAACAAUCAUCAUCACCGUCAUCAGUAUCUGAUCUUAUCGAUAGUGAGAAUUGUGGAAUAGAUGCAAUUCAGGUUUGUGUUUACCUUGGAAGUCAUAUUAACCUAUUUUAAAUGAUUCUCUAUUGUUAAAUUUCAUUGUUUUCAAACUAUGACUUCCUUUUGGUAUGUCUUUAUUAGAGUUUAAGGGUUUUGGAGAGAUAUGUUCUUGGUUAACCAUAACAAAUUGUAUUCGUCACAUAUUCUCUGUCGCUAUUAACAGUAAUAUAACUAAUGUGUCAAGUUUAGGUAUAUGUACUCAGCCUUGAGUCAUGCUAUUGAUAAGAAGGCUGGUGAAAUUGUCCAAACCAAUGUAUUUAGGAAGUUUUAAACAUAUAACCGAUUGAUUGAAAGCCAGCUGCUCUAGUCACUAAGCCACAGCUCCAACGCCAUUCUCAACGGUCUGCUAUAAACGUGUUAUUAGUGAUAAUAUUUCCUGAUUUCUACUUCUUAUUGAACCGAUUUUCAGCUGUUUGAUCAAACUAAAGUGCAUGAGUCGCAUCAUACUGUUGCUUGAAGAAACUGACUAGACUGAAAAUUUUCCGAAAAAUUUGAGCAAUUUUUAAAAAAUGUUCAACUUGCAUGUCUAAUCUAAAAGUAAGAAAUUAGAUCGUUGAAAAUUUGCAUUGAAAGAGCCAGUUUUCCCUUGUUUGUAAUAAGCUUCGAGAAAAGGUGAAUUUUACGUGACAAUAUCCACUUUUACUAUAAUCAUUUAUAAGAAAACCUCAUUUCUUUGUUGUGGAUUUAUGUAUCAUCGUAUUUCAAUAAGCUAUUUCCAUAAACCUUAGCUUACAAACAGACUGCUUACCAUAUGUUCUCACAACCUAUUACCCAUAUCAUUUUAGAAUGAAAUUUAGUUUGGUUGUGGUUUGAAAUACUAAAAUUUAUAUACUAGUGUUCUGUGAUUUAGAAUAUAUGUAAACGACCCUCAUAGUCACUAAUUUUUAUGUAGAAUAGAUGGCAUGUAGCUAAAAGUAGAAUACAGGACGCGCGUUUUUCCCUAUUUAGGACUUUUCAGCGGAACGUACCUAUCUCUCAGAUCUGUUGUUCACUCCUGGAUGAUUUCUAAUGGAUUCAAACCAGUUCUAAACGGAUUCACAAACAACGUUACGUCUAAGUAAUUCAAGCUACCACUGACCUAUUGUAGAAUUGAUAUACUUACAGCUGAAAGAUCAUUGAGUAAUGACCACUAUCAUGUUUGUCUGGUCCUUAAGUACUGGUCAAAUUCGAUCAAGGUGAAAUGUAUAUAUGUAUAUACGAGGUCUUGUAAAUCAUGGAACAGUGUAUUCAGUUUACAUCCUACUUAACAUACUCUGCUUUUUAUUCAAACAAUCCUGAUUAUUUUAGUCUUUGACUAUUCUGUCGUCAUAUGCAUAAGAGUUAUUGUAUUAUUCAACCACUGUCAGGGAAGUUCUACUCACUGCCAUCUCAUGGUGGUGGUGUUGUUUACGAAAUUCAGAGAACGAAAAGGGAAUGUCCGGCGCUUUAACCGGGUUGGUGGGUAUGGAGGAUCCAUUUAGGGGAGAAGGGAAACCCUCAUUCCAAACCAGUGAUGCACAUGGGCUCCAGGAUCCUAAGGAAACAAAUGGCGUAUGAACCGAUUGUUGGUCAUCGGCUACCAUGGGACUGCAUCUUCCGAUGUUGCUCCACUGCCUUGUGGAUCAGACCAUUAGGUUGAAGGCUCCAGGUGCCUGUUUCGGUUUGAGCACUCGAGUAUCCAAGCUCUCACACAAAUCGAAUGAUUUAUGUAGCGCAUAUAUGUUUGGUGCUUCCUUGUACCAGUGUUUAUGUGUUUGAAUAAAUAAAAUAAAUAAAUGUUGUGUUAUCCAGUGUCAUGUGACGAUCUAAUAUUAGGUCAGUCUAAUGAACCCAUUUUGAUUGUCUAGAGAACAGAGUAAAGCUCAAUAUUUUGUACAAGAUUAUUAAAGUUGUCUCGUGAUUUUUACACUUAAAUAUUUCUUAUUUAAAAUUCUGUAAUUCUACUAUUCACUUUUCCUUGUAUUGGCUAUGUGUACGUUAUCACUAUUGAAAAUACCAAACGGGAAUAUUCAUCACAGAAAUCUUCCAACAUUAAUGAUUCUGUCGGCUGUUCGUCUUCAAUUAUUCCAGAUGAAGUUUCUUCACGUUUCAUACCCAUAGGAUCUUUUCUUUCAUCAAUACUUGAACCUAUUCCACAAGGUCAGGAAUUAGCAGUCGGUUCAAUGACUACUUCCACAGAUGAAUCAAAAUUCACCGUACAAAAUUAUCAUUCCUCUUCUAAUCAUCAUACAACAACAAAAUUGAAAAAUGAAGUCUGUUGCCCUUGUCGUUUAGUCAAUUCUCGUGUAACACAACAAAGAAAUUAUCCACGGGACACAGGACAAACAUGCAAUUCUACAACAUCAGUAACAACUAACAUAACAGAGACAAUCGCAAAGCAAACUAUUUCUUCAAACCGUCCUUUAAAUGUUCAUGGAUAUGGAGAUAAUCAUACAAAUAAUCGAGAUUCUGUUUCUUCAAGAUCUAGUUGGGCUCGUAGCAUAUUUGACCGUUUACGAGCUUCAUCAUUAACAUCAUCUACUAAUGAGUCGAAAGCAAAUCAUAAUUCUAAUGGUCAAAAUGAAUUUUUAUUUCGAUUCAAAGAGCACAAUAGUAACCAUAGUCAUAGUGUAAAUAUAUCAUCUGAUGUAAUUGAUCCCAGGCGUUUACCAAAAGCUCAUGGACCUGCAAGUAAUUGUUUGGAAUUUUCUAAACGACCUUUGCAAAAGUCCAAUAACCAUUUACAUUCGAAAUCGAUUCCAGUAUCUUCAACACAUGCUGAUUUGAUGUCUCCUGGUCUAUCGAAUUCGUUACAAUCUUCUAUCACCAAUAAUAAUCAUAAUAAACACAGAAAACGUAUUCGCUGGUUCAGUCAUUCAACUUCAUGUGAUACUGGACCUGGCGAUCCAACUUUAGGUUCAGCAAAUUAUCAUUCACAAUUAAGUUCAUCAGUUGUAGAAGAAAUUCAAGGUGCAGUCAAUAUUUUAGCUGGUCGUCAGAUAUUUCCUAGUAGCAUCGCUUGUUCUCGUCCAGGAAUCCGUGUGAAAAGCGCCUCUGAAUCAGAGCAUUUACUAGUUAUUAGUAAAUCUCUGUCCAAUUCAAAAGAGGAACUAUCCCCUUCAUCCUUUGGCCAUUUUGAUGAAAACCACGUUUAUACCACGUUAUUUCGUCAUAGUACAUGCUACGAUGUUUUACCGGGGAGUGGAAAGUUAGUUAUUUUAGACUCUCGUUUACCUACGUUACGUGCAAUAUGUGCUCUAUUGGAUAAUGGAGUUAUGGCGGCACCAGUUUGGUGCAGUGAAACUCAAUCAUAUAUGGGUAUUUUUUCUCAAGAAUUAGCUUUAGAUAUGAUUGGACAUUUACAUUAUAUAGAAGUGAUUAAAAGUGGUAAUUCAGAUAUUCAAACAUUGUCGUCUUCAAGUGUUGCUGACACAUCAACCACAACAAAUUCCUCAUCGUCUGGAUUCUUCUUUUCUUCGUUCAAUGCAAAUCUUUACGGAUGGGGUGCAAAACAAUUAGGGGAGGUUUAUAAUUUUAUGUAUAGUCGUCCUGAUCGUCAGCUUUCUUCAGAUCUAUUUGUAUAUCCUCAUUACUGUUUACAAAAGGCACUUCAUCGACUAUUUCAUCAUAAUCAUCAUUAUCCUGAACAAUAUCGUCCAUAUCACCAUAGUCAACAUCCACACCAUCAAGAUAGUCUUUCUCAUCAUGAUACUGUACUCAAAUCCAAAUUUUCCAACACUCGUGGUCAUCGUUGUUCAUAUCCUAAUAACUCUACAAAAAUGCAAAUGAAUGAUAAUCCAAAUAAUAAAUUCAACCAGCAGUCUCCCAGUGUACUUCCAAGUCAAUCCAGUCAUUCAUCAUCAAGACUGAGUUUUUCCGAAGAUAAUGGUACAGUAUUCCUUUCGUAUUCUCCACUACUCGGUUCACGGUCACCUGGUUACCAAACAUCUAACUCCAAAAAAUCAGAUGAUGCAAUGUCAGGUGUUACAUCAGAGGAUUUCGAAAGAGCAUCGUCUAAAUGUUGUCCUCUUUCUAACCCAACCUCACUGUACACAUCACUUGUAUCUUAUCUAAUUGUAAUUGAUAAUCAUAGUGGAAAUGCGCUUGGUAUGUUAUGUGCUGAUCGUUUACUGGCAUAUUUACGUUUACGGGUAGAUGAAUUGCCGAAUACAGGUCGGAUGAAUGUUCCAAUCGGUUCUAUUCAUGGUCUUCGUUGGACUGAACGACACACAUCAAAGAAACCAACAGUUACUAAAGUGAGUUCAACAUACUCUUUAUCAUCACAUCAGACUACAGAAGAAUGUUUACAAUUUAGAGAAAUUCCUGUUUUACACCCAAAUGAUCGAGUUCGUGAUGCUUUGCAUGUGCUAACUAGUUGGUUACCACAGUUACCAUGUCUUCCACUUGUACAUUAUCUGGAUGAUAAUCAGUCCCAGUCGAUUGAUCAGAUUAGUUUUAUUUCGCCUGGUGAUCUUUUGAAUUUCAUUAUCUGUUCCACUUCGGAUACUGUACUCAAUGAACCAAUUAGUCAAAUUAUUGAGAAGAAAUCCGUACACUGCCCUUAUCAACAACAAUGUAUUUGUUUCGUCACGGAAACUGUUGAUGUUGUAUUAGAUCGCAUGUUCCGACUUAAAACACCUUGUUUGAUAAUGUUUGAUACACGAAAAAAUAGCGCGUCGUGCACUGUAGCAAUUAAACCAUUCGGUAGACCUGUUGGUAUGGUUACAGCUAAAGACAUAUUACAUACAGUUAUUUUAGGCCAUCGUCAUCAUCCUUCUUCUUUACAUUCACAUCCAUCUCAUCACAUUGGUGACUCUGUGAAUACAAGUCAAAACAUGUCCGAAGAUGAUAAUAUUCCAUAUCGAAAUAAAUUACGUGACAAUUAUAAACGAACUGUUUCUUUCGAAUCCGGCGUUCUGUCAUCUAGCUGUCAAGAUGGUUCAGAAAAUAUAUUUGAUGCAUCGAGUGGUCAAGUUAAAUUGGAACAUUCUGAAGAGAAGUUUUCACGAUCUCCUUCAUUUGAUUCACUUCCUUCAAGUGGAACAUUUUCCGUAUCUAGUUCCAAUUCCGAAGUGGUACAUUCAUUAUCCAAUGAACAUUUCACAUCAGCAUGUACUGAUACUGUUACAAGACGUGAUCAUUGUAAUUGUACAUGUCAUCAUCAACCAUCUGCCAUUUUCGAUAAUCAUCAACAUCAGCAAUCUCAUCACUUUAAAGUUACUCAAAGUUCUGUAAAUCCAUCAGCUGAUUUUCUUGAUAAAACUCACAAUCAAUCACUACAUGGUUCAGGUGAAGAAUGGUGUGCUGAUCGACGAUCUUCUGUACCAUGUACAAUAAAAGCGAAUAUGAGAGGAAAUCUUAAUAUUUCAGAGAAUAAAAGAAAGUCUGUUCCGGUAGUUAACUCAGAUCGAUCGAAACACUUAACUGUUUCCAAUCCUUACAUACAGAAUAAAAAUGAUUUAAACAGUUCACUACAGUUAAUCGACAACAGUUUCACUGAAAUCAAUGAAUCGAUUGUUGGCGAUAUUUCUGUUCAAUUGAAUAAUAAUAAUAAUCCUAAGAAUAAACUGGAUAAAAUUGUCACUCAAGAAGAAGAUGAUACUGUUUUCCCAAUGGAUUAAAAGAAUUUGAUUGAUUCUAUUCUUUGUUGGUUUAUUUGAAACAAGAUAGCGAUAACAGCGCAACCACGAUUGAAUAUGAUAUUGAUACUAGUUAUUUGUAUUAAUUGAGGGUUGUUGCACUUCAUUUUUAUUUAAUAAAUUAAAUAUGAUAACAAACCGUUUACAUCUUUGUAGUACCUAUUUGCCUUCAGAAAUCUUAUCAGUUUUUCCAUUCUUCCAUAAUAUAUGUACAUGGCUUUAGAAAAUAGAAUACACAAACUGCUGAAUAAUGAUAUGUACAUUCAUAUAUAUUCUCCGGUCGUGAUGAAAACACAUAUUACAUACAUCAGUCUAUGUAUAAGCAACAUAUUCUUUUACUAUUGUGUUUCUUUAGUUAACAGAAACAUAAAUAGAUGUUCACCACUGGCCUAUAAUUACCAGUUUUGUGGUUAAAUAUAACUCAAUCGAACAGUUUAGUCUUUUUUAUGUAUGUAUUUCAUGUAUUUUCAUUUCUUUUAUAAAAAUCAUGAUUUCUAAUAAAAUGUAAUUGGUAAAUCCGAU